AUGGACACGGCAAUGAUUUUAAUGAUCAUAUUGGUGUGUUUCUUGGCUGUGGUGGUGAUUGGUGUACUUAUAUUUGUGAUUUUCUAUUUCACACACCUACGACGACGACGACAACGAGGACAAUAUGCAGAGACCGUAAAGAAUGGGAAUCUUCUUCACUUUAUAGAUCUAGAGAAGAAUCCCCGCACAAUUGAUGUUGUGGGAAAAAGUAUUAUGAAUAAAUCCUCUCUUAUGAUGGAAAUCGCCUUACUCUGUGGAAUUGACGAUCCAUCUACUCUCACAUUUGUAUAUGUAAAAGGGAAAGAGGCUAUAUUGUAUGAAGUCGAUGUAGAAAGUUUACUUCGACGUGAUGAUCAUAAUAUCUCACAGCGAUUAGACUAUACCGCCACUCAUCCACUAUUAUUAUAUCAAGUGAUGGAUCCUUCUCUCCUCACACAACCCCCAUCUCAAAUUCCAUCCUUGCAAGUAAGUGAACAGCCCAUACGAGAUGGAGAGACCAGAGUUCCUAUACUUGACUCUACUGGAGUGGAAGUAAACUAUUCACAUGAUGACGCUUUACGCCCGUUAAAGAGUAGACAAAAUAAUAAUAAUAAUAAUAAUAAUAAUAAUAAUAAUAAUAAUAAUAAUAAUAAUAAUAAUAAUAAUAAUAAUAAUAAUAAUAAUAAUAAUAAUAAUAAUAAUAAUAAUAAUAAUAAUAAUAAUAAUAGUCCUCCCAUGCAAAUACAACGCCGUGUAUAUAGUGUACCUUCACCUAUUAUACUCCCCAAUCGACAACACAUUACAACCGCUACACCUAUUACUAUUCUCGCCGUAGAGUAUAUACGUGAGGAUGAUGGAUCUAUACUAGAUGAGUAUUCCACAUGUAUUGUAGAAGAUGCAAGGAAAGAAGGAGUGCAACACCGUCUAACACUACCGGAUGGAUCUAUUGUUCAUAUACAUCCCAACACACAUGAGGUGUGGUUAGAGAAUUAUAGAAAUAAGAAUAAUCCCGUACUUCUAAGACGCUAUACAGCAGAUGUAGUGCGAUUUACAAUUGAUAGUGGUCCUAAUGCCCAGUGGCAGUUGUAUCGACAUGCGUUUUAUUUACCAACAGGUCGUUGGUGUCUACGGGCAGAGGCAUCACACUAUCAAGAAGGAAAAGAUCAAUAUCAAAGGAAACAAGGAAGAGAAUCAUAUUCUAUUGAGACUAGCUCACGUGUAUUCACGGUUGAUAUCCCAUCUCGUAAUAGGAACUAA